AUGUCAGCUUUACCAACAUUUGGACUGUUGGAUAUUUUUAUUCAUUUAAUAGUUAGUAAAGCAGAAUAUGACAAAGAAAUGUUGGCAUCUUCGAGAACAUUUGAUGAUUAUAAAUUACACCAAAAUGGUCAUGUAAGGAAUUUAUGUUUAACUAUUGUCUAUGACAAUGAUGAUAGCAAGUUUCACAUUGACAUUGGCAGUGUUUUACCCACACAAAGGGGCAAAACACCAGAAGGCAUGAAAGAAUACAGAUCCUGGUUCAUACUUUCACCAAAAGGCUCUGUGUCUUCUGCAUUUUGUGAAUGUAAAGGUAGUUCAGAUCAGGGAUGCAAGCACUUGGGUGCUUAUAUGUUUGAACUUGAAGAGUUUUUGUCAGGUAAAAGAACUUCAGUGACUUCACUUCCAGCAUACUGGCAACCAAAGCCAACACCAAGAAAUAAGCCCUUACCAUUACUGGAAAUAAAAAUUUGUCACUCGGUGAAACCCAAACGGAAAAGGAAACAUGUAUCUCUCGGCGACUCUUGGGUUGACUCAUUUGACCCAAUGUCAAAUCGUAUGAGAACCACAAUAAGUGAAGUAGACAAAGUAGAAUUUGCCAGGAAGUUGAGAGACAUUGAUGAAAAUUCUGGUAUUUUGGAUUUCCUUCCUGAGUGCCCACAUUCAGACAAAGUAAAAAAAAUGAAAACGGUUUUUAAACUUAAUAGUCUUAACAUAGAAACAAAAGCUAAAAUAUUUGCAAGGGAAAAUCAACAUUUGAUUAAAAUAAGAGUGAAGAAAGCCUGUGAUACCUUCAUUAGCACAUUAAAAUUCACUGAAGAAGAACAAUUGUUCAUUUCAGCUGCAACAAAAGGACAAUCCAAAAAUGAAGAAUGGCAUAAAAUGAGACAUGCCAUGGUAACAGGAAAAAAAGUCAAAGCUAUUUACACUAGACAAAAAACAAAAGAGCGCACCCCUUCGGCUGAUUUAUCAAAAACUGUUGCUAAUUUUUUGGAAGACAAGAACAAUUUGAUAAACUUAAAUGCUAUGCAAUAUGGACUAGACAAAGAAAAAGAGGUUCUGUAUCUUUACAAGAGACUGCGUACAAAGAAGCCUGAAAAAGUUAAAAUAGAAGAACCUGUUUUGCUUGUUGACCCCAAAAAUUUAUGGAUGGGAGUGCGUUUGGAUGGAAUAUGCCAAUGUGAAUGUUGUGGCUCAAGGACACUUGAAAUUAAGUGCCCUCAAACAUACAAGAAUAUGGAUCCCAAAUCUGCAUUUUUCUCAACAGCUAUUGGUGGGAAAACUAAUGAUAGUGGAAUUAAAGUGUUGAACAGGAACCAUUUACAUUCCUUUCAAGUCCAAAUGGCUAUAAGCCAAAUCGACAAAUGUGAUUUUAUUGUAUUUACAGAAAAAGGAAUUGAUAUAGUAGAAAUACCAUUUGAUGGUGACUUCUGGAGUGAUGUAUUUAAAACUGUGUUUCUUUUCUAUAAGAAUUGUAUUAUUGGUAGUCUUUUAUUGAAAUAUGUGCAAUGA